AAGCAGUCGCUGGAAUGUACGUCAUCCGUAUCUGCUCCGCGGCCAGGCCCUAAAAAGUGCAGGAAGCAAGCAAAGGCAUAGGUUUGAUUACAUAAUACGACACAACACACCUGCCCGCGCCUCCAUGCCGCCAUGUGGGUCUUCUCAGGAAGGGACGCCCGAAGCGGUUCAUCUAUGGAGGGACACCACCACGCUGCUCUGUUGGGGGACUAGACCUGAGCUUGGGCUUGCACAGCGCGUAAUAAAUCACAGAGGCUCGCGCGAUUGUCGACCAGUCAUCGCCGUGCCGUCGCAACUCGCCCGCAUCACCACGCCCUCGCUAGGAGCUAUGCUAGCCGUAGCACCGACGCAACCAUGGUGUGCAAUGUCUGCUUCGACCUGCGCCCCGAAAGGGCAGAAGCGGCCAAGAGCUGGGAGUCGUCGCAGUGGGCUCGGCUGAAGAUCAGCUUCGUGGCUCUCCUGAGGAGCAAGGGGCGGGGCUGCCAGAUCUGCUACGCCAUCUUCCGCGGCCUCGAGAUCUUCACCGAGAACCUCCGCCUCGGCCUGCCGAUGAACACGUUCCUGCGAAACCUCAGCCCGGAGCGCUCCCAUCUGUUCAUGACCAUGGUCGACGGCGGCCCCCUCGAGUUCGCCGCCCUGAUCCGGCUGCCGUCGAUGAUGCGGGACUGGACUAGGAAGCGCAGAAGCCGCUUCGCUAUUUGCUUUGAGCUGUUCACCGACCAAAGCCCCUCCUCGCCGAUACCCAUCAAGGGGAUUGGACCGGGCAGAAGGGUUGCGGUAAAGCCCAGCACGGACCGCCGAGUAAAGUUGAUCAAGGAGUGGGUCAAGGACUGCCAGGAGAACCAUGCCUUUUGUCGCGAAUGGCGAGCUUCGUCGGACAGCCCCGGCCCGAGGAGGAUGCUGGAUCUGAGCGGCAACCCGCGGUCGCGAGUCAGGCUGGUCGACCCGUUCGACCGCGCCGUCGACGGGGACUACAUUACGUUCAUCCAUCCGUGUCCCAAUCGCGGCGCCGACGGUGGCGCCGACGCGGCCGUCUACAGGUUGACGACCAGCAACUACGCCUCACUCAAACGCGGCAUCCGCUGGGCCGACCUCCCGGCCUCAUACAAGGAUGCCGUGGCUGUGGCCUCGGAGCAGGGGGUGCGUUAUCUUUGGAUCGAUGCCCUUUGCGUCAUUCAAGACGAUGACACAGAUUUCCACUGGCACAUUGAGAACCUCGGGGAGAUAUACAAGGCCUCCCUCUUCACCAUUUCCCCAACCAGGCUGCGGGAUGCCGGAGCCUCCUUUUUGGGUCCCAGGAGACUCGUCCCCACUGCCUGGGCUGCGAGCAUGGCGGAUGAGAUUGGGGUCGGAGAAGAGUCGAUGAGGACGCAUGAGGUGGUGCUGAGACGCGGCAAGCACACGUUUUCCGUUUAUAUACGACGGCGACUCUGCGCCAGCCACCAUCACCUCUGCUGUGAUAAAGUCGGUCGUUGUGGGCACACUUUGAUCAACCUAUACUGGAACUUCCUCACCCCUCACUGGAUGCCGCUGCUGGGCCCGAUGCUUUCAUCGGCCUGGUCGUUCAUGCAGCGACUGACCUCGACGCGGACGGUGCAUUUCCAUGGUUCCGAGAUGGUCUGGGAGUGCCAGACCGGGCACAAGUGCGAGUGCAACGUCUCACUUAAGAACAGUCUGCCUGACCCGCGCCUCCCGUCUUCCUUGGCGACUGUGCCUUCGAAGCAAGGUCAUGACGAUGAUCGCUUCGCGGCAUCCUUCUAUAGCGAUCGCUGGGGUGCCCUGAUAAGGCUCUUUACCCGUCUGAGCAUGCCGGACAACAGACAUCGUCUUCAUGCUCUCGCCGGUUACAUGUCGAUAUAUGGAAAAAAGAAAGCGGGCUACUUCGCCGGGCUAAUUGCAAACACACCAGAGGAGUUGGCCAGGUCCCUCCUCUGGUGGGUGAGUAAAGUGGAGGAGGGGCCUGCAAGAAAGAGCUUCAGGUUCGACUGUCGGCCCGCGGUGCCAUCGUGGUCUUGGGCGUCUGUCGGCACCGAGGCCCCGGACUCUGUCGUCCUCCUGGAUUUCACGCUCAAUCGACGCCGCAUGAUGUUUGUGCCCGACCCCGGCUUUGAGGUCGAGUCGAUCGACCAUCGCUCACUGGCGGGAGAUGCAGAGUACGGCGCCCUGAGUGGUGAUUCGUGGGCGAUUUCUCUGCGCGGGCACAUUAUGCUGGCCAAGAUCAGCCCAAGAUUUAGAUGGCACAAGGGCCAUCCCUUUGUACCCUCGAGUAGCCCAUUGCUAGACUUUUUCCUCCCUUCUCCGUUCAACCUACCACCGCGGCCUCCACUGAUGCGCACAACUGGACCUGGCCCUCAUCCCCCAACCCUGGCGCCCCCGGACAUUCCAACCAAUCUGCCUGAGGCGCAACAAAACGCGCACUGGGCCCAGUUCAGGCAACUUCAAAGCUGGUUCCGGGAUGCGCCUCCGCCCAUGGAGUUUGACGCCCUCUUUAUAUCGCACGCCGUGUUCAAGUGGGAUUGCGACUACUGGGCCGAGCGGGCGCACUCUCAAAAGGAGCCCAUCUACGCUUACUUUUUGCUUCUCGGGCGUGUCGCUCCCGACGAUGGGAACGUCCUCGACACCCACGUCCUCGGGCCCAACGCGGCAUACCCCGCCGGUAGCUACCACGGCGAAGCAACCUCGCAUGAGCAACCCGAGCGCGAGACCUGGGACAUUGGGUUGGUACUCCAGAGACCUGGGUCCGGUGGUGCCUUGGGGGACAAGGAUCAAGGCGGCGGGUCGGGUCAGAGCGGGCUCUUGUCGCUUCAGCGAGUCGGCAUCUUUACGGUCCCGCGUGUGAGAAAUUUCUUUGGCAAUUCGCAGGUCCAGGAGGUUCUUUUGGUGUAAAGCGACGUGGGAGAGUCGGUUGAGACCAGUCGCUGGCAGGUGGUCAAGGCCCAACUAGGUCUAGUCGUUAGGUGCGGCUACAUACGGCUUGCAUUCAACCCUGCUAGACCCAUCCAGCUGGGUGGGCCAUACCGGGUAUGAUACUGGACUCGGCUGGAUGGCUAAGCUUUACGCCAAGGAACGGGAUCGACUCGAAAGCCGGCUCGGCAGCGGGCCGCGUUUUCUGAAAAACACCCUUAUCGGAGACGAGGGCAGACAGAGACAUCUUUUCCUCUUUUUUAUUUUCUUUCUUUUUGUUAGCAUCACCUCUUCUAAUACCCCCAGGCGCUGGAACAAGGCCAAAGCACCGGAAGGACUGGUUAAUGGCACUAGCUCAGAGGUCACUGUGGGAUGAUGUAUCACUGAGCGGGAUGGGUUCAUUAGGCAAGAGCUUUGAUCUUUUGGCAACGACAAGGUGUGUCGGUGACGGCUCCGGUCGUACGGAACGCGCAGAGGCCAGGACAGAACAGCUCGGCUAUUGUAUAGCGUACCUAGUUUAACUUACAUACAGCACAGUGUAGGGCCUCGACGUCAGACGCCACAAACGAAAAACAGAAAUUUCACAGUUCAACAUAAACAAAGCACUA